AUGAAAAAUCAUGCUCUUUGUAGUGAGGGAAUUCAUUUUGAUGCAGGGAACCAAAGAAUAUGUUGUUUGGCCCAUAUAAUCAACUUGGCAGCCCAAGAAGCCUUAAAAUCACUUAAAGGAAUGGGUCCAGAAAAAAAAGAUGAUGCUUUAGGGGAAGAUGAUGACAAAAUUAAUGUUAUCAAGAAGCCAUUUCAUAAUAUGGUCUCAGCUGACAAAGAACUUAGAUCAUACAUAUUAUUGAAAAAAUUUCAAAUUUAUUGGAGCAACAUCCAAAUUAGUAAUGCUCAUUAUCCUACUUUAGGACAAUCAGUUCCUAUAUACAAUUACUUGAUUGAUUUAAUUGAAGAUUUUCUUGAGAAAGCUAAAGAUAAAUUGCAAAAAUUUUACCCAACUUCAGAUGGGUUAGUUUACAUAGUUGCAACCAAAAAGAUUUCAGAUUUAUGGAAAAUAGAAUAUAUGCCAAUCCAGGAGCAUGAUACUACUAUUCAAACCACCAAACCACCAAAUACACUUGAAUCUCACAUACUUAAAAGACAUAAAAACAUCCAAACAGAUGAACUUGACAUGUAUUUAAACAGUCCUCCAUUAAAUUUUGUUACAGAUGUUUUGUCAUUUUGGAAGGCUCAUGGAAUAUCCUAA